AUCCAGGCUGAUGCAUUUCCGGUACUCAAACUCAAUUCCUGUCAUCACUUUCACAUGUUGUAUGGUUUACAACAGCGGGACUUCCGUUGACUGCGAAACCACAUGGAAUAUUCUAAAAGACGCAGACAAUGGGAGGCGUCGGCGAGCUGAUCGGUGGUGCUGCUCUAGGAACCGUGUUUGCAGAGUUAUGGAAAGCAGUGAAGGACGCCAAGAACCGUCUCAAAGACUUCGAAGAGAAAUUGCAGGACCUUGAUGAAACACUCCAAGAUCUCGAUCCAAUGGUCAGAGAUAUAGAAAACUUGAACGCAAAGCUGAAGCGAUCCGAUCAGCGUGAAGUAAAGCGUUUAAAGUCACUGUUGGAAAAGGGCAAGGACCUAGUUUCAAAGUGCCUUCUCCUGCGACGACGAGACUUUAUCAAGAAGAUAUAUUACCACAAGAAGCUUGUUGAGCUUGACAACGACAUCAUCAGAUUCAACAAUAAACACACCCAAUUGGGCACAUUUCGGGAGGUCAAGCUUCUGCACUUGAAAGUCGACCAGCUCUCCGAUCAGAUUCAAACCCUGAGACCUUCCUCCGGUGGUGGUGGUAGCGGUGGUUCCGGCGGACAGGUACCUCGGCGAGCUCCCGUUGUAGCUCCACCGCCUUAUACCGGAGUUCCAAGGCUUGACAUACCUACGCUCAUUUUCGCGAUUAUCAUGUUCUAUGUUACCGGAGAAGCAACAGUGAAAAUCAUUUUCUUUAUGGUUUUGCUCAUCUGCAAACUCGUCUUGUUGGGGCUUGAAACUGACACUGGUUUGGCGAUGAUCAUAAACGACACUGGUACGCUGAAAAAAACAGUAAACAAACUGAGGGCUACUAUGAGAUCACUGGCUACAGUGCUGGAGGAGAUUGAUAAUGGAAGUCAAAAUGGUGAAAAACUGAGACGACUGAUGGAAGAGGGUGAGAUGCUGGUUCUCAACGGCUCAAAGAUAGGAUGGUGGAACAUUGUUAAGAAGUGGGAGUACCAGAAGAAGAUGGUGGAACUGGAAAAUAAGCUCUUGAGAUUUCAUAGCCGUCAUCUGCAAGCUCGCAUGGAAUCGAUGAUUGACGCAGCAAGUGAUGGCUUAGAGAUGAAUGAGAAUGAAUACUCGUCUAGGCAUGCACAUUAUUUUGAUGAGGAUCCUCAUAUCAAGGAACGGAGGCAUAUGGAAACAAAAUCGUAUGAAUCUGAAUCGCACGACAUGCUCAACAAUUUAGAAUCAUAUCAGUUUUUGAACUGCGAUCGUCCCAUUUCAAGUUCCAUUGAGGGGUUUCAACAAGAAGCUUUGGCAGGAAGCUAAAACAAAGAGAUCAUCAGCGUCAACUUUGAUGUUCCAUUUUUUUUUUUUUGUUUUUCAUAUUCUGAAGUCGUCGUCAUGAUCAAAAUGGAUAUUUGACUCAACUUUUAUGCACUAUUAUUGCACAGUGGACCUGCUGUAGCAACAUUUUGAGUGGAAUUAGUGGAAACUAGUUGCCAGUUGGUGUGUAUUUGAAUAAUUUGUUGUGCUUUCGGCCACGCGUGGCCAUACUUUUUCGGGGAUUAGUUUGAACAGUCUUUUGGGUCAGCAUGUUUGUGAUUUCUUCUCUUUGAUUGCUUUUAAUACAAUAAUUGUACUGGGAUUCCUAGUUAUGUUUAAGCUAUAUCUAGCUUC